UGCAUUUCUCUGUUUUCUAUUUCUGAUUAGCCUGUGAACCUUGAUGUAUUUCCUGAAUAGACCAUGCAUGAUGUUAUCUUCACCAUAUUAACAUAAAUGGAACUGUGAAUUUCUCUUUCAAUAUUCACUGUUACUGUAACAGUGUCACAUUGGCUGGGAACUGGUAGAUAUUACAAUGCAAAAAGGAAUGUUACUGUUCACUGACCUACAUGUCCACCAUCACAACCUCAACCUCCCUCAUCCAGUGCUUCUUCCUCAUUGUCCAGGGCCAGAUGAUUAACUUUAAUUGGAAUCUAAUGCUGAGUUGGGAACCAAUUCGCAUAUUUAGCAUGCUUUUUAUAACUUAUAACGUAUUAGGUAUUUUCCUAAUUUGUCUACCUUCACAUGUUUAAAUUCCUUGACAUUUUUUAUUCUUACUGAAGCAAAUUUCAUAUACAGAUGGAGAUGCGUCCAGCGUCCAGCAAAGAGACCACCAAACUAGAUAUUCUAAAUAUUCUUUUCAGCCCAUUGACUCCUCCCACUCUUUUGUGUCUAAGCAACAAGUGCCUUGAGCUAUUUCCCUAUUGGUCCGAUUUCGAUAUUCCGCCAUAUUCAAACCUCCGACGUCACUUAUUAUUGGGUUGAAGGAUUUACUGCUUUGUUUCUUUAAUCGUCGUUGUUGUCCUAAUAUUAUUGUAUUGUUUUAUAGUAGACUUACCGGUAUUUCGUACGUUUAACCUCGAAAAUGGAGGACUUGGAGGUGUUUGAAUCGUCGUUGCAAGACAAUGCGAAGAGCAAAAAUAUUUCCUCGAAACGAACGUCCAACGCCAGCCUUGCGGUCAGCUCGGAAACCUCCCCCGCCACUGACAACUCCAAAAAACCUCCGCUACGCAGAGGGAGCUCUUUCACCUUUUUGACUCCAGGAACGCCAUGGGACUUCAGCCUGAAGAGAAAACGCAAAGAGACCAGGGACGAAGACACGGUCAGUCUGUCCAGCUUCGACCUCAAGAAGAGAAAACGCAAAGAGAAGAAGCAGGAUGAGGACACUGUCAGUUUGUCCAGUUUUGACCUCAAAGAGCCCAAUAACAAGCGAGUACGUCCGCUGAGCCGGGUGUCAUCUCUGGCUAACCUGAUCUCACCCUCCAAGAACGGAGCUGUCCGACGCUUUGGACAAACUAUCCAGAGCAUGUCAAUGCGGGGUGACGGUAAGUCACCGGGCGCUCCUUUGAAGGCCUGCAGCAAGGUGGUGGGGCCCACACCCCCCAAGCGCAGGAACAGCACCCUGUGGUCUGAAACCCUUGACGUCCACCAGAAGAGCACCUUCUCCACCAAAGAGAUCAAGAGACAGGAGGCCAUUCAUGAGCUAUCCAGAGGGGAACAUGAUCUCAUUGAAGACCUCCAAGUGGCACGAAAGGCGUAUCACGAUCCCAUGCUGAAACUUUCCAUCAUGACCGAGGAAGAGCUAACACAGAUAUUUGGAGAUCUAGAUGCCUACAUUCCACUGCAUGAGGAUUUGUUGGAUAAGCUUGCAAAAGGCACCAGUUCUGAUGGAACAGUGGGACAGAUUGGACAGAUUGUCAUGGACUGGUUGCCUGGUCUGAAUGCGUACAGAGACUACUGCAGUCAUCAGCUGGCUGCCAAGGCCCUGCUGGACCAGAAGAAACAGGACCGGAGAGUGCAGGACUUCCUGCAGCGCUGCCUGGAGUCUCCCUUCAGCAGGAAGCUGGACCUGUGGAGCUUCCUGGACAUCCCCAGGAGCCGUCUGGUCAAGUACCCCCUGCUGCUCAGGGAGAUUCUGAGGCACACGCCGCCAGAGCACGCGGACGUGCCUCAUCUGGAGAAAGCGAUCACCAUCAUCCAGGGCGUGCUGUCCGACAUCAACACCAGGAAGGGCGAGUCCGAGUGUCAGUACUACAUCGACAAGCUGGAGUACCUGGACGACAGGCAGAGGGACCCGCUCAUAGACCACUGCAAGACGCUGCUGUGUCACGGAGAGCUGCGCAACAAGAGUGGCUCGAAGCUGCACGUGUUCCUGUUCUCUGAGCUGUUGGUUCUGACCCGCCCGGUGACCCGGAAUGAGCGGAGCUGCUUCCAGGUGUACCGGCAGCCCCUCCCCGUCAGAGACCUGGCCCUGGAGGACCUGCAGGACGGAGAUGUACGCAUGGGGGGGUCCUUCAGAGGAGCCUUCAGCCAGGGAGAGAAAGCUAAGAACGUGUUCAGGGUGACCUCCCUGGACCCAUCCCAUGGCCAGUCUCACACCCUGCAGGUCAACGACAUCUUCCACAAGCAGCAGUGGCUCAACUGUCUCCGUAGCGCCAUUGCCGCUCAGCCCCAACAGCAGAGGGCGCCGGUCAGGGACCGCCGGGGGGUCAGUGAGGGCACCGCCAUGACGAGGGCCAAGCGCCGCGCCUCUGUGGUGUCCGUGGAGGGGGCAGAUGAGAACGACUGUCCCCGCAUUGCCGAUCUGAGCCAGGGGCUUAAAGGCACCGAGAUGCUCCCCAGGUCUGGGUCAUCGGGUAAAAUGAAAAGGGAUUGGAGCCACGGUUCUCUACAGAGAAGGAAAGAGACUGGGGUUUAGGGACCUGAUCUGAAGAGUCCACACUGACCAGGGAAAUGCAUCAUGCACUUGGACAUAUUAGUGUACAGCUGUAUGUGUUGUCUUUCCCAUGGCUUCAUGCCGUCAUUUUAACCUGUAAUAUACUUGUGUUUUGUCCGUGAAUUUCCAUGACUCCUCUGUCUAGUGUGUGUGCUGUUGUAUAGAGGAUCUGCCAGAAGAUGAGUGCCGACCACGUAGCGGAUUUUGUUGUACCGCCUCGUUACUCCCGUCCAGUCUGUGCGCUGCAAAACACAUCAAAUCCAAUUGCUCUGUAAAUUUGGCUGCAAAAUGGAACAUAUUUUUCAAUCACCUUACAAGGGAAUGAUGGUGUGCCAACCAAUGUAAUUGAAAAUAAUUUGCGUAUGUUUACAGCAGCUUUGUGUAUUAGGUUUUUACUCUUAUUUUUCUACAUUAAAAUGACUAACUCUGUUUCAUGCAAAAUACCAUUAGCUUUUAGACCUUGGAGAACUUGUGUUGAUGUGAUUGUAACUGGAAUUUAACCACUUGUUUUGACUUGAAAGUUAAUAUUCCUCGGGUUGAUUGGUCCUUGCCGGCUUUGUUGGUACAUCAACCUUGGUCCCAAAUCGCACCCUAUUUCCUGUUCCAAUAAGAAUCCUAUGUCAUGGGUAAAAAAGUAGUACAUUAAAUGGGGAAUAUUGUGCCAUUUUGGAUGCCGUCUCCCUCCAUAUGUCGUGUUUCAUCUCUGCUACUUAGGGCAGCUUUUGCGUAUACAGUUUAGACCACAUGUAAAUAUUUGUCAACGGUCUGAUGGAUGUCUGUGGAGACAAGGAGAGUAUUGACAUGAGUAUGUUGUGAUCAGAAGGAUUUGUGGCGUCCUGACACUCGAGUGUGCAUUUGUGUAAUUUCCCUAGUGUAUUCAAUUCAUUGGCGAGACUGCACACUUUUUGCAAGGUUAGAUUGGUGGGGCGCAACCAAAUUGAGUUGUUUGACAGAAGUGGUGAAGUGUAAUUGUCAGGAAGGUUUCAGAGUGGGUUCUCUAGAGAACCGUAAGUGAGAGAAAUGAACAAAAAAAAAAAGAGUCUGCAGCGAGGGCAGAGGGUUUCACUCAAAGGCUUGUUGCAGAUGGGGAUAAUGUAUACACAAGUGAAGGUUGAUGGAAGGAUUAAGCUGCCUGUGAGAAAAUAAAAGCGCUUUGGAUCUGAAGUUUGAACUUUU